AAGUUGGAAAAAAUGUCGUAUCAAGGAUCACCCUUUUCGGUUGUCUACGGACCAGAUGAUUACGAUCUUGAUGAUGACAAUGAGCAUUAUAUGGAUGAUGAUCGAAAUGUUGAUGAUCCAGAUGAAAGCGAUGAAGAUACUGAAGAAGCAAGUGAACCUGAAAUGGGAAAAUCUGAGGAGAUGACAGAAAUUAAAGAACAGGUUUAUCAAGAUAAAUUAGGAAGUUUGAAAAAACAACUUCAACAAUUAAAUGAUGGAAGCCAUCCAGAGUUUAUACGUAAGUUAAAACGUUUGGAGUCUCAAUAUCAAGAAAGAAUACGUUUAAAUAUUAUUCACCGUGAAUAUCUUAUUGAGUGGGCGGAAAGGGAUUAUGUAGCUGAAAAAAAAGCUGCUUGCAAAGAAUUUGAAGACAAAAAAAUAGACCUCAAAGAAAAUUUAUUGACUGAUAUGGAGGAAAAGAAAAAAAUGAUUGAAUCUGAUCGACAAACAAUGGAAUUGACCGGUGAUUCUACAGAGGUAAAACCAGUGAUGACAAGAAAAUUACGUCGAAGACCAAAUGAUCCAGUUCCAGAAAAAGUUGAGAAACGUCGGAAACCACCUCCAGCUCAAUUGAAUUAUUUGCUUGAUGAAAAAGAAAUAGAAAAUGAUCUGAAAGCAAUAAGCCGAGGAAAAGUGACUCCAACAGUCCGGAAACAAGUGGUAAUACCACACUUCAACAAUCCUGUAAAUAUUUCUACUUCUCAUGUACCACCUUCUACAGAGGCAAAUUUAGUUGAAACGCGGAUUGAAGAUGGAAAACUUUGGUAUGAAAGAAGAUGGUACCACAGAGGACAACCAGUUUACGUUGAGGGUAUGGAAAUGUCAAGGUUCGGUGCAAAUAUAGCAGCCAUUGGAACAGAAGUCAUUUGGGUUAAGAAAGUAUCUGAUGGUACCAAAGUGCGUAUUUGUAUAUCACAAUUAAGCCGUGGAAGAGUAUCAUUAAAACGCCGGGCAUCUUAA